UAGGAAAGAGAGUCUGUGCGGGAGAGGGGCACAGUGCUGCCAGAGUGUAAGAAGCAGGCUGUUCGGGGUACAGGAGGCACAGGGCAGCAUUUAGUGAAUGACAGGCAUUCAGCUGGGAGCCGGAGACCGGGCUGCACCAGGCUGGGGACACUGUGCUGGGAGCGGGUCUUAGGGGACAGGGCAGAGCUGCCCGCCCGGGAAAUGAAGUCCUGGGGAUUAUUACUGGAGGAAAUGAACGGCCCCGGGUGCCAGAGAGACGCAUGAUUGCCGGACAAGGGCCCUGCUUGGGAGCUGUAAGCGAUGGGCCAGACCUCGGUAUCCACUCUGUCUGAGCAGGCAAACAGCGUUGAUGGUUUGGAUAAAGCUUCCAUUGCAAACUGUGACGCACCAAACUCAGGUAACCAAACUCCCCCUCUCAAAAGGAAAGGCAAACUGUCCUCCAUAGGCAAAAUCUUCAAGCCGUGGAAAUGGAGGAAGAAGAAGGCCAGCGAGAAAUUCCGGGAAACCUCAGCAGUGUUAGAAAGAAAGAUAUCGAUGAGGCAGAGUCGAGAAGAACUGAUAAGACGAGGACUUUUGAAAGAGAUAUCAGAACAAGAUGGUGAUAUUCCACUUGGUGUGGGGAGUUCCAAUGGUCACACGGUGCCAAUCAGCGAGGAGCCACCUCAAGAUGACAAUCCAGCUUCUGGGAAUGGGUCAAUACCUUCAAAAGCAGACGUAUUGGAAGAAAAAACUGAAGAUAAAAGCAUGAAAGAGGAGGCUCACGUCUCUCCAGAAUUGCCACCAUCCUCUGCGUCGCCUCAACCCAAACCCAAAAAAAAUAUUGUCCCUCCCAAAACUGUAGUAGCUGCUGGCAGCCAAAAGAAAAGUGACUCGGCUGCAAAACAGACUCCAGCGGGUGCUGGUAAGCAGCCGCCAGCCCUUCUUCCCAAGCCUACAACCCGAACAGCACCACGCAGCAACGAGCAGAUUGACAAGACGAUGGGAGCAUCUGAGCUCAAACCAAAAAGAACGGCUGCACCUUCUAAAAGCGCCUCUGCUGGGUCAAGUCAUAAGAAGGAUGACUCAACUAACAAAAAACCUGCCACGGGUGUCACCAAACAACUUUCAGCACCACCUCCUAAGACUACAAGUCGAGGUGGCACACAUGAAAAUGUUGUUUCUUCCAACACUAAGAAGUCAAGUUCCACAAAGACUUCUUCAACCACUACUGUGUCUUCUUCAUCACGGUCUAAAUCUUCAAAGGACCAAGUAUCUAGCAAAAGUGUAUCAUCUAGCCUUCAAAGAGGCAAAAAGCUACCCAGCAAAUCUUCUUCUGGAUCAAUAGAGUUGGAGCAUCAACACACAUCCUCACACAAAACUAAUUCUCAAACCCAAAAGAGAGCAGAAAAGAAAGACCUGCCACCACAACACUUGGGCGAAGAAACACCAGAGAUCAGCAUUAAGGAGCCUACUACUUCAAAGCUACAGUCUACUUCUCCUGCAUUAAAGCAUCUGGGUAAAACAUUGCUUAACGUACCGAACUCAGAGAUUGAAGGGAGCAAGCCUGAUCAGGAAACCACUAUUUCUGAACGGAACCAGCUUCAAAAUGUUGGAGACAGCAAACCUGCCACACAGGAUGGAGAAAUGACAAGUGCAAGUGAAGAAAAGGCACCAAGUGAGGUCCCUGUCGAGAACCAGGAGGACAAUACAAGUUUUGUAAGUCAGGAGACGACAGAUGAUCCUUCAGAAACUUCUCUGAAUCCCGAUGUUGACAGCGAAUGCAAAGAGAGCCAGAUUAGCGACUCUGACUCUGAUGGACCCAUUUUAUACACGGACGAUGAUGAUGAUGAUGACGACAGCACUGAAAGUUCUUUAGCAAGUAAAAUCAGAAGAAGAGAUACACUCGCUAUCAAACUUGGCAAUAGGCCAUCCAAAAAGGACCUUGAAGACAAAAAUAUUCUUCCAAGGAGUUCUGAAGAGGAAAGGCAGGAGCUCUGGCAGCAGAUUGGAACAAAGCUAGUGAGGAGACUAAGUCAAAGACCCACCACUGAAGAACUAGAGCAAAGAAACAUCUUGAAGCAAAAAAACGAAGAGGAAGAGCAAGAAGCAAGAAGAGAACUGAAACGUCGGCUAACAAGAAAGCUCAGCCUGAGGCCAUCAGUAGCUGAACUGCAGGCCAGGCGUAUCUUGCGCUUCAAUGAGUAUGUAGAGGUUACAGAUUCUCUGGACUAUGACCGGCGAGCCGAUAAACCCUGGGCAAGGUUAACUCCCGCUGAUAAGGCUGCAAUACGCAAAGAGCUGAAUGAAUUUAAAAGCACAGAGAUGGAAGUGCAUGAAGAAAGUCGGCAGUUUACAAGAUUUCACCGUCCAUAGUGAAAUACAGAAAGUCAACAAAACUAAGCUGGAAAUCUGUUUUGAGGAGAUCUGUAAUUCCUUAUGAUUUUACACUGCACUGGAUCUUCACAGUACAUGCACUUGUGGUUGUGAAUCAAUUCAAAUUGGGAUAAUGGAAAGAAGCACAGAUGACUCAUUCUUGCAGACAAAUACUUUUUUAGCUCUGUGUCUAGGUUACUUGCCAAAGACCAACAGAACCAUUUUUUUUUUUUUUUUUUGUUAAUUGUACAUGGACCCUGAAGUGUAAAUUGAAGCGAGACAAUCAGGUAUGAACAAAUAAAGAUAUAAAACCUUACCAUGCAUUAAGAAAGGACAGAAUGAAAAACUGCCGUGUGUAUUGCUGAGUGCAGGUUCUGGUUAUCCACGUACACCCGAGUCUUCUACUGCUGAUCACGUGACCAUACGAAGAUCACACGCUUUUUGUAGACAUAAGCACGCACACCUUCAGGAUUAUUAUCAGUAAUUUAUUACUUUAUUUGAAUGUGGAAUUUGUUGGAUGUGUGCCAAUGAAAAAAGCUGCCUGUCAUUUUCUCAAUUUCCAGGCACGGCAUUUCAGAAGUGUAAAAACGAAGAAGUGUUUUGACCAUCAAAUUUAGCAGAAUUUUACUAACUUAUUUGCUGCUGAAAACUAGGGAACAUAUGAAUAACAGUGCCACAGGAAAGAUGUGAAAUAAAUGUAUCCCCCAGAUGGAUAUGGAAACAAUAAUUUUCCAAUAAAUCCCAAUAAAAUGCUAUUUGACAAAUAAAAUGUAUUUUUUGGACCCUACCCAAACUCCUUUGUGGCAACACUGUAAAGGACUACUCUAAGUGUUCAGAAUGAAUGUGCAGCCUGCAGGCCACAUUAGUGGUCACAUCAAAGUUUCUUGCUCACAUAAAAAUUAUAUAUAU